AUGUAUGUAUUGAAGAGUGUUAUCUUCCUUGGACUCUGGCAGCUUAGUAGCGGACAGCAAGGCCUCUCGGUCUGUUAUUUUCUUGAUAAUAAGGGAAGCAAAUACGAGUACUAUGAUUAUCAAGCCCACGCAGCACUCAACUACUAUGGGAAAACGCUUCAAGAUACAAACAAGUGGGUCGUGGGUAGCACUACAUACAAUGUGAUCCUUCGUCAUAUUCAAUCGGGAUUCAUGAAGGGUGGAAAUGGUGCAGCGACGCCACUGGUAAUUGGUGACGAAGAAAAAAAGUUAGCAUACAAUGAGAGACUUCAAGAGGAAUGGCUAUUACGUGCAUUGGAGGAACACGAAGCCGUAGAAGACUGUGACUUCUGGAUCACCCCUAGUACUACAUACAGAGGGGAGAGAAUGCGAAAUAUGAUGUUCAACGAGACCUUGAGAAGUUUAACGGCCGACCGACUUGGGAUUGCUCCGUUGCGUAAACCAGUGAUCACAUCACCGGUUAUGGCCCCCACGAGCCCUGACUUUUCGCUCUACGAUCCUGCAAAAUUCCCUAAUUUCUAUGGCAGCUACCCAGCGACCACCAAUGCUAUCUCGGGCGUACUAGACAGAUUAUAUGAUCUCUACAAUUUCCGAACUAUUGCAUACAUAUACGAUUACAUCGGAAAGAAGGAGCGUAGCUGGAAUGUCUUGUCCAGAAUGUACACACCGGAUGGCCUGCUGUUCAACCAGGCGACGGCGAAAUCUCGGUACUCUGCUUUUGUAGAUGAUGUAUACCGAAAUGCACAAAUAGCAGAGCCCGAUGAUCCGUCACCAGGUGAUGCCAGUGAAGGCAGGCCAAACGAGACGCUACAGUACUUAUGGGAUUUGAGCUUCGGUCCGAAGGUUAUUAUAUUUGUCCAUCCAAUCACAGUCGCACAGCAGAAGGCGCUUGAAGAGCAAAAUAUUUACCACGGAAUGAUAAUCAAUGAUAUUUAUGUCGCUGGAGAGGAUAUUUCUUCUGCUAACCCAAUUAAGGGUUAUCUUGGGGAGAGGGAAGCUCUUACCUCUCAUUAUAACGAAGUGCAACUCUUAAAGGGAAUUCGGGACCUCAACUACUUAUCAGCAAGUGCCCUGUUCGCAUUGCAAAACAUUCAGAUGAUUACUGUGAGAGGCAAUUGCGAAACGACCAAGAAUAUGGCUGAAUGCUUUAGACAAGGUGUAUAUGAUCCUUGCUCGGACAUCGCUCCAGCCAAUAUGUCACAGUGCACAAGUCUCGGCCCAGAAAAGCUGGACGUAGAAACUUGGUUCGGACGUGCCACAUUCGGGAAUAACCAGGCGAAUCGAGGGUAUGUGUAUAGCAAGCUAGGCAGCGACGGUCAUUUUCACGUGAUCAAGACUACAGAAAUAAUUGGAGAACGACCGACAACCUUUCCAGAUCGACGCAAUGAAGAGCAGAAUGGGGUACUCCGCAUAGUUAUCGGAGUACUCGUCAUACUUGCAAUAAUGGGUUGUCUGGUAGGCAUCGUCGGAGUCCGGAGGACAAACAAAUAUCUCGUGAUUCGUUCCAGUGCAACUCUGUUCUUACAGAUCAUUCUGUUUGGCGCCAUUAUACUCUAUGCCUCUCUACUGUGGCUCAUUGUCCAGAUCAACGAUUUAACAUGCGUUGGAUUUGCCUGGUUUAUGUACCUGGGUUGGGCUAUCUGCUUCACUGCGCUGCUCGUCAAGACAUACCGUGUAGACCAGGUCUUCAAGGUGGCUCGGAAAGCUCAUCUUCAUGAUAUUUCCUUACUGAGGGUGAUGUACACACCCAUUGUUGCAUCCUUUCUUCUGUACCUAAUUCUCUGGACAACCUUCGAUGCACCUAUAGCGCUUCAAGAGAGGUCAGGGUCGGUGACGUAUCUUACCUGUGACAUUCAGUCUAUUGGGAUGUAUUUCGGGCAGACAAUGCAGGGUGCUAUGAUGGUAUGGGCAGCCGUACUCGCAUUCAGGGUGAGAAAUGUGCCCUCCUCAUUCAAUGAGGCGGCGCUUAUAUCAGCCAGUGUUUACAACUGGACAGUCAUCCAGGCAGUGGUCUUGGUUCUCAUGUUUAUCAUGGAGCAUGAUCGGGAUGUACAGCUCAUCUUGAUGUUCCUCUAUGUAUACGUUCCAGUAACUACAAUGCUCAUUAUGAUGUUGUUGCCCAAGGCCUGGGCAAUUUAUCGAGGUAAGGGAAAUGACAUCAACUCGCGCACAGUGAACAGUAGCAUUAUCAGUGGCAUAAGCAAUUCGCCAUCAGCUGGCCAAAAAUCAGUUCGGCAAACUGAGGGUUCUACGGAUGAGACACCCGAAGAUCACAUGGCUGAUGUGAGGAAAUUGCGAGCAGAAGUUGGCCGUCUCGUGCACGAUAAUACGAAGCUUUCGCAUGCGUUACAGCAGGUUCUACACCCGAGCAUGGAUGAAAUAGAGCCGUCGAACGGACAGCAAUCCACAGAAACUCUUAAAAGGGGAACGGCAUCGGAAGAAGUGAACAGCAUAUCCUCCACUUAUGAAAAAGCCGGGCAAUAGCG